AUGCUGCAUCCCACUUCUCUCCCAACUCAGUCUGAGGGAGAGCAGCACGGAGACGGCACCAUGGCCGCUAUCAUCGAUGGACUCGAGAGGUUUGACAGUCCGGGAAAGGGACGAGGUCUCCGCGUCACCAGGCCCUUUAAAGUCGGGGAGCUCCUGUUUUCGUGCCCGGCCUACUCCUCCGUCCUGUCGGCCGCAGAGAGAGGCUGCCGCUGCGAGUUCUGCUUCCACAGGAAAGAGGGCUUGGCAAGAUGUGGGAAGUGCAAGAAAGCAUUUUACUGCAACGUGAAGUGCCAGAAAGCAGACUGGGCCAUGCACAAGCUGGAGUGUUCAGCCAUGAAUGCAUUUGGAGAGAACUGGGUCCCCUCAGAGACAUCCCGCCUGGUGGCCCGGAUCCUCGCUAAGAAGAAAAUACAGAAAGAGAAAAGUGCCUCUGAGAAGUUGCUGCUCAUAGGAGAGAUGCAGUCACAUCUGGAGGAUGAAGAUAAUGAGAAAAGAGAGAGGACUGAAGCAGACAUUGCAGGACUUCAUCGAUUUUUCUCCAAACAUCUGGAGGUGCCUGACCAGAAAGACCUGCUCACACUCUUCUCCCAGGUUGCCUGUAAUGGUUUCACAAUUGAGGAUGAUGAACUUUCCCACAUGGGAACUGCAGUCUACCCAGAUGUGGCACUGAUAAACCACAGCUGUCUCCCCAGCGUCAUAGUCACAUACAAUGGGACAUCAGCAGAGAUCCGGGCAGUGCAGGACAUGAAGCCUGGAGAUGAAGUGCUCAUCAGCUACAUAGACCUCCUCUAUCCAACAGAUGAUCGUAAUAACAGGCUGAGAGAGUAUUAUUACUUCACCUGCGAAUGUUCAGAAUGCACAAACAAGUCCAAAGACAAGGCUAAGUUGAAAGCGCGUAAGCAGAGUGACCCCAUCGAGCCGCAGGUCAUCAGCAACAUGGUGCGCUACGCAAGAAAAACUAUCAGAGAGUUCCGGGCCCUCAAGCAUAUGUGUGAGCAGAGCUUGGAGGAAAUGGGAGCUGUCUUCGAUGACUCUAAUGUGUACAUGCUGCACAUGAUGUAUCAAGCCAUGGGCGUUUGCAUUUACAUGCAAGAUGCAGACGGAGCUCUCAGAUAUGGAGGGAAGGUUCUUAAACCGUACAGCAAGCUGUAUCCACCCUACUCCUUAAACGUCUCCUCCAUGUACCUGAAGAUGGGCAGAAUCUACAUGCAGGUGGAUAGGCACUCAGAAGGAAUCAGUGCUCUAAAAAAGGCAAUGGCUAUAAUGGAGGUGGCUCAUGGAAAGGAUCACCACUAUGUAACACAGCUGCGUAAGGAGAUCGCACAAAAAUGA